AUGCUGGGACUUGCAGGCCACAGCGGAGGGGAACAUUCGCCCCUGCUCGACGCAGAGCAGUGGCCGGGGAGCAUUCCAAGCACGGACCCCGGACAAGACAGUGAACAGGGACCUCCAGAGCUGAUUUCCUACGGACCCGCGGAUGGAGAGCUCGUGGCGGCAAUGGAGGCGUAUGAGCACCAGAUAAAGGAAGAACACCGAAAAGCGGCCGCGGCGAUGGCUGCUUCUGGGGGGCAGCCUGCUGAUGCACCACUGAGUGAAAAUGAGCAAUCCAAUGAUACUGUAGCCAUAGAAGGCUUUGUUCCCGGCACGUUGGACGAGCAGACAGGCUUCAAAAGUAUGGAGCCCGGGAAGACACACUUCGGUGGCUGCAUCUCGGCUCGGUCGUUCAUUCAGCGGGCAUUCGCUGUUGCUUCUGGCCCAGCCGAUGUGAAGGAGGGCCAACGUGAUCGGAGAAGUGGCAUAAAGCUUGCCGAGCCGCCUACCGGCGACAGGCCGUGGCACAAGUGGCUGCAGGUUGAGAGGCCAGCGGCAGAUGAGAGUGCGCAACACAGGUCACAAGCGGACUCAGAUCAGCUUGGGUCUGGCCAGCCGAAGACAAGGAACAGUGGCCUAGGUUUGGACUGCGUGAGCCAGCAACAAAGCAGGCUGGCUUCUGCAACGGAGACCGCGAAAAUGAGCAGCAUGGUGGCAGGCGCUGUGGCUUCGACGCCCGAGCCUGAUAUCGAUUUACUUUGGUCGUACGUCUUUCCACAUGAGUCUCCCGUUGCUGCCAAGAUGGAUGGUUUGGGGCUACCGAGGUGGUUUAUGGACCUUGCCAAACCAACACGGGUUCCCGUUCAGGAGCGUGCACAGCCGAUCGCCCGGACAAAGAGUUUGACGCGCCCAGCAGAGGUCAAAAAGACACGAAGGACCAGUUUCGUGAAUCACGCGAGGACACCGAGUGCAAGCUUGGUGGGAGCCUCGCCAAAGGCAGAUGGUGCAGCGAAUCUGGGUCAAAGCAUUUUCAGCGGCAGUGUUCAACAGGUUCUGGAAGAGUUGGCGAAUGCAGCUUGA